AAAACUUGUUUCAAUUUUAGAAUAUUUCUGGCUAAUGUCAUUCCUUUUCAUGUCUAUUUUCUAAAAAUCCCCAAAGUGCAUACUUUAUAUCAGGAAAACUAAAGAUUUUUACAAUAAUGCAUUUUCAGUUGGAAUGAUGUUGAAAACGAUAGCAUCGAGGAAGGUCCAAGUAUUAAAGCUGAUCAUUGGAGUCGGUAUUAUUGUCACUUUGGCGAUCUACUUGUUCCCAGGCUACUUUGUACAUCCUAAUGUAAGACAUGUCAGCAAUGUCAACCAAACAACAAUCUUAAUGAUGUAUCAUCCCGAUAAAUUUACACAAGAACAAAUCAAUGACAUGUUCAGUGAAUGCCCAGAUUUGAAAUGUGAGUUUACACAUGACGAGAGCGCAAUUGAAGACAGUGUUGCUGUCUUAUUUCAUUAUUUUGAACCACAUGUGUAUUCAAUGCCGAAGCGACAGCCCGGACAAAUUUGGUUGUAUUAUAACCUUGAAAGUCCACCAUUAAUGGCUAACGAAAUCGCAACGUAUGUAACUAAUCAGAAAAUGUUCAACGGUACCAUAAACUACUAUCCAUCAAGUCUGGUUUGGCUUCCAUAUGGGAAAUAUAAUGGCACUCAUAUAUGGACAUACAACGUGAUCUAUAACAUGUUUUUAGAUACCAGAAUUGACUUCGCGGCAAGAAAAAACAAACUUCUGUUCUGGGCUGUCAGCAACUGUAACCCACGAAGUAACCGACAGGAUUAUGUAAAAGAGCUAGGCAAGCAUGUUCCAGUGGAUAUCUACGGUGGAUGUGGCACCCUGAAUUGUCCAACAUCAAAUGACUGUGAAAAUACUCUUUUUAAGACAUACAAGUUUUACCUUGCAUUUGAGAAUAAUAUCUGUCAGGAUUACAUAACAGAGAAGUUGUGGCUAGCACUUGCAAUAAGAGAGGUGGUACCCAUAAUUCUUGGAGGUGCAAACCAUGAGAAAUAUCUACCACCAAAGUCUUAUAUUGACAUUCGUGAUUUUACUUCACCAGCCGAUUUAGCGAACUAUUUACAGAAACUAGACAAAGAUGAUGACUUGUAUAAUGAAUAUUUUUCAUGGAGAUACAAAAUAUCACCUGUCUUUGAUUUUCAAAAAGCAACACCAAAACAGCCUUUGGAGUACUACAUUUGCCAGGUGUGUAGGCUGAUUCAUACACAAAAUCUGACCAGUACUUAUGUAGAUUUUGUAGAUAUAAACAAUGAAAAGAAAUAUUGUAGAAACCCAUCUGAAUACUAUAAAGGUUUAUUGUGAGAUAAAAAGAUUUAUUCUAUGAAGAGUUUUAGAGAGAUAAGUUGGUAAGAUAUGUCCUGUAUCCUGAUUCUGAGGCUCCAGAAAGUUGAACAAAAUUUUUGAAAACAAAAGUUGAAAAAUUUAAGAAAAAAAUGUGAAAAAAAUAGAAAAAAAUUCUAAAAAAUGUGAAAAAAUUUUGAUAGGAUAAAGCCGUAAUGUACGACUUGUUUGGAUAUGGGGUUUAUCACUAUUGAGAAUUUCACAUCUACCUUCCGUCCCUAUGGUUCCUCAGGUAGAUAUGCAUAUAUCCCUCUGGAUAAACCCCAUAUCCAAAACCUCCCAGUGCAUAACCCCUAUAUAUUCAAUGCAAACCUGGUAUGUAUUCAUCAUUGGUAUCUUCUUCUUGGACGGCUGGUCUGCUAGGCUCAUUAACAUUGCUCUUCAUCACAAUCUUACGUCCAUGAGAAUCAAAUAGUACUUUACCAGAUUCUGAAAAUGGUGAAAUACAUGUACAGAUAUCAAAUACAGCAUUAUAUUAAGUACACUGUAACUCUUUAGUCCAAAAAUGUACUAUUACAUGUACAUGUAUACAUUUAA